AUGGUUCUUUCAUGCUCGUUACUUCUACCGCUGUCACUCCUCGCUGUACUAAAGUCGAGUGUAGUCGCGACUACCACUGUCACUAUCCAGCCCAAUGACACUCGUUCAACAAUAACCGCGUGCGGCGACUGCGAUAUAAAUUACACUAUCGUCUCAGUUUCAUGGGACCCAGUCGUUUCCACAAUCUCGGCUUACGGUGACGCGGAGUCAGUCGCAUGGACUAAAUCCAUGUACUUCCAAUACUUCGCCCGAUAUUCUCCACAAUUCGUUGUCGACGGCUCAGUCGCCACGGACUGGAGAGCAGAAGAUUUUACCGCAACAUGUUGCGACGACGCGUGGUAUAUUCAGUCUGGUGUUACGGCAGAAUAUAAUACUCAAACGUCGACAGGAGCAGAAUGUGAACCAACAGAGGUUGUGUUUACGGGUAGAAAGGUGGGCACUGCUGUGGCCGUGAUUCCAACAGAGUUACCGUUUCUAGAACAUGAUUGUGAGGUUUCGACCACUGUUGUUAAAACUAUCUUGACACAAAUAACGAUCGUUGCGGCCGGCGUGAACCCUCCAACGGGGACAGCAGAUGGUCAGAGGACCUGGUGGGACGAGGAUUCGGACCAAGUCACAAUUCUGCUUCCCCCAACUCCAACCCCGUUUUUCACGAUCUCUAAAUGUGAGUUCUUCGACGCCACCUCCUGCUCCUGGAGCGUCGGAACAAUGAAUCUGCGAUGGGAGCAGUCCACAAUCACAAUCACAGGGGAUGCCAGCGAACUUUCAUCUCUUGAAUCUGAGUUGGCGACAUCCAUCGAUGACCAAAUAGAUUGGGUAAAUGCCACCGCUGCUUGGAACACCUUAGCGGAAUCUGCCACCUGUUGUUCAGAGUCUAUCUGGCUAGACCGUUCGGUCACUAUCAAUUAUGGCGGUUGGUGCCCAACAACGGUUCUGACAGGUUAUAAUACUAUCCUACCCAUCAGCAUUGCAUACCGCUUCGUGAAUGGUACCGAAGCGGAUUGUAAUAUUAAUAUCGGCGGCGGGAUUGCAUCUACAAAGACUGCUAUAUAUAUCGAAAAAGUGACAGCAGAUAUUGGACCAGGGCCAACCACCACCCCGCCAGCGACGAGGGAACCCGACACUGUACCAACAUCUACGACAAGCUCCGCUAUCACUAAAGAAACAGAAGACAUCGAUCCUACGUCUCGGACUACCCCGAGAACCACUCUUAGAACCACUCCUAGAACUACUCCAAGAACGACCCCGCGUGUUCCUCCUACUCGACGUCCUACAACUACUUCCAGCAGACAAGCUCAACCUGUCGAAAGCCCCCAGCCAGAGCCACCUCGCCCUUCUCCGUCAACAAAUAGGCCAGUUCCAACUCCCGUUAAUCCACCUACAAGCAACCAAAAUCCAGUAGGGCCAACUCCUCCCAACAAUGGACCAAUUGACACUCCGACUCAAUCGCCAAAUAACCCGCAAAGCUCUUCGCAAAAUAACUCACCUAAUACCCAACCGAAUAACACGCCGAAUACAGAGCCAAACGGUCGACCUAAUACAAACAACCCACCGAACACUCCUCCUCCUCCUCCUCCUCAAGAGCCUACCGGACCAAACAAUCUACCGCAAAGCAGCCCUUCACCGAACGAGAACCCAGUUACACCUGUUUUCCCUGGUACUCCGGCCCCAGAACCAUCUCUGUCGACAAUCUUCAGCAGUAUCCCAAUUGUAAUCACCACCACCGACGACUCGGGAAGCCAAACUGUCAUAUCCACAUUCACAACCACUCCUAUAAGCACUGCCAUCAAUGUCAUCACAACAGACGAUCAGGGAAAUACAAUCACAACUCGCAUCACAUUUUCCAGUCCAACAGCUACAGCACUGCCUAUCGAUGGUAACACAACUGAGGAACCGGGUCCAGAAUCGCAGACCCCCUUAGUACCAGAGCCCGGUGUAACAUCGAGGACUACGAUAUUAACUUUAACUAGCCGCAUAGGUAGCGGUAUCACCGUCGAAACAAAAACUACUAUUAUAGUUGAGCCAACUUUUGGAUCGGAGACCACUUCAACCACAAGGGGUGCACCCGGCACAGGGACAGAAGCUGGUUCACCAGAAGUUACCGGCUCACCAUCCAGUGCAGUUUCGAAUAAGUGUUUGUCAUUAUCUUUGGCCGCUGCUGCUUGUUUCUUAAUAUUUGUUUUGCAGUUUUUCUAG